UCAAUCUUUUUUUUCUUUGCUGUGUCAGUUCGACGGCUAAGACCAGUAUCGGUCCAUCUCGCCAAAAAAAAAUAAUCUUUGUGUAUUCGUCCAUGCAAGUAUAACAAAACUGUAGUUCAUAUAGAGAUCUCUAAGGAACACGACUAUUGUCUGGAAACAGAAUGUUGUAAAAUAACAUUUCGAAUACUACUCUAAACAACAGACGUAAAAAAAUCCCGAUCCGUGAACAUAUUCAUUAAUUGAUUAUAGUGCGUAAACUUCGGCAGGUGCAUCCUUUGAUUCAGCCUGUUAAGACAGUACCAGCCAUAACAUUUAAACAAUCUAUAAGUUAAAAACGCGAUUUUAUGAAUGCUGUGCCAAACUUGAUAUGACCGAUCUCGUGAUGAUUGAUCCAAAACCAUCCGACCUCGGACCUGGCAAUGUUCGGACCUUCGGUUGUGAUAUAUGUGGCAGAUUUUACAGUGAAAUGUUUUAUUUAACUCGACAUAAACGGAUUCAUACAGCAGAGAAAUUAUUUAAAUGUGAUAUCUGUGGCAAAACAUUUUUCUCGAACUACGACCUGACGGUACACAUGCGCUUGCAUACGGGUGAAAAACUACAUAAAUGUGAUUUUUGUAGCGAAGCAUUUCUAAGAAAGUAUCAACUCACAUAUCACAGACGUAUUCACACCAAUGAAAAACCGCACGAAUGUGAUGAAUGUGGCAAAAGAUUCGUGCAACCUCGUCUGCUUACUUUACAUAGACGAAAUCACAUGGAACCAAAAUAUGAAUGUGAAUUCUGUAACAAACGAUUUGUGACAAGUAGUAAUCUGGCAACUCAUAGACGCAUCCACACUAAAGAACGUCCGUACAAAUGUGACUUCUGUGAUAAAAGAUUCGUUACAUCUAGCCACCUGAAGCUGCACCUGACGGUUCACACAGGAGCGAAACGUAAACUUUUACACAAAUGUAAUAUUUGCAACAAGCUAAUACGUGACGCUACCAAUCUAAAGAUACACUUGCGAACUCACACCGGCGAGAAACCCUACAAAUGUGACAUUUGCAACAAAUCAUUCACAACCAAGUCUGCAAUGAAGAACCAUUGUGUGACCCACACCGGCGAAAGGCUUCACCAAUGUCAGAUUUGUGACAAAGAAUUUUUCACCGGUACAAGGAAAAGGGAACACAUGCGUAUUCAUUUGGAAGAACGGUCACACGAAUGUGAUAUUUGCGGUAAAGAUUUUUUGAGGAAACAACAGCUAACUUUGCAUAUGAAACGGAAACACAACGAACCGGCAAGUUGAGAUGAUGAGAAUAACACGGACAUGUUUCUUAAUAUAAUAAAUAUGCCGAAAAAUGAUUUUUAUCCAAGUAUUUUCGAAAUUCACGAAUUCGAAUUUAACUCGUCACUAUCCCACAUCGACGCCUUUAUAAAAGGUUCUUUUCAGAACCUACAUUGUUUUAUUUAAAAUAAAAGCUACAAAAUAUUUCUUAAUAUUUAAUUGUAUGACAGAAUGUUUGAUGUAACUAAUCCGUACUUUAGUGUAGGUACAUCGUUUCAAAUUCUAGUAGUGAAGAAGGGGAAAGCUUGCACAAUCCACACAAUCGAUUAACUAAGGGUGUGAACUAUUUCACCGUUUACUUUUACUCGUAUUAACAUGAUCCAUUUAAGUGUCUAACAUUACCCACCCACCUUGUUAUUGACGAGACACUCUUGCUCCUAGAAUCACUUAGAGUUCAGCCAUAUCUUUAUGGAAACCGCCAAUAUUGGUGUUGAGGUAAACUCCUCCUGGCUCUAGUAGUUGGUCCUACCUUGGACCAACCAGGAUUUUUCGGAUAAGCCUAGUGCAAUUGUCUCGCGGCCGGAUGGACUGCAAUGAAAUGCAAGUGUUUUAUCACAGACUAACAGACAUGACAGUAUGAGUAAAUUCUUAUACAAGUAAUUUUUCGUAAUGCACUAGUUCCACCUAUAUUGUAUUGUAUGAGGUGCUCCCUUACCGAACGGAAUACUAGUAAAGCUUGAAUCCUCAAAGAAAAGUAGUAGUUGGCGAUUAUCUGCUAUUCGUAUGAGCU